UGAGGCACUUCUGAUCCAGGAUGAUUAGCGAUUAUAGCCAAGCCUGUACCGUAUGUGCAUACUCCCUAGACAACAUCUUUACUGGUUUGUGCGCGCUACGCAUAAAUUAAGUUGGACAUGACUAGCUCGGAUGAGAGGCCUUUUGGACGAACUGUGAUAGAGGACAUUAUCCAAUAUAUUUGUACGACAGAGAUGCUCUUGGAGAUUGCAGCUGUCUUGACAUUUCUGAUUGUCUCUAAGCUACAAUUACAUACCAGACUCCUUAAUCAGUUAAAACCACGUUGGUUCGGGUAUAAAUAGAUCUCGUGAGAGAAAUUUUUGGGUGAUCAUCAUC